AUGGACAAUCUCCGCGGUGGCGCUGCCGCCUCUACCACCACCACCACCACCACCCCCUCCACAACCUCCACACGCCCCAAACCCCCACCUCCCCGCCGCAACCUCUCCCACUACCCAGCAGCCGCCGCCUCGUACGCCAGCAACCGACUCAGCGGCGCCUGGAACGACUCCUCCUUCCACGAACCCUUGGAUCCCGAAGGCGGGCCCUUGCUCAGCANNAAAAAAGAAGAAUUGUGGAAGCGGAGAUGGAGUAAAGCGAAACAGAUCAUGGAGAGAGAAGGUGUGGUGUUGAGGACUUGGCGGGUGGGUGGUGAUGUGGAAAGUGUUUGUGUCGAAGCCGUGAGACAGGAAUUGGCAGAGAUGGAAAAGAAAGAUCGCAAGGAUUUGGAGAUGCAGAGGUUGAAGGAUGAACAGAGGGAGAGCAAGGUAAAGCAGGGGACUUUGAUUUGA